AUGUGGUCUGUCCAGCUGUCCCUUGGAGUGCUAACCAUCUUGACCAUGACUGUGUAUGUCCCGUCUACACAUGGAGAGCCUUUUUUACUACAAGGUAAGCUGGAAUACAGACCUGAUGACACAGAGAACCGAGUGCUUCCGGAGAGAGGAGACACAAAUCAUGAGGACACCCUGCUGACUCUGCUUCUUAAUAAGAAGCUUGCAUGGCGGAGACCGGAAAAUAUUGACUGGGAACUGGCAAAGAAAUUCGAAGAGCUUGAACAGCUGGAGAAGUUGAAGGAUCAGCUCUCAACUGAGGAAGGGUCCGAGGUGGCCUAUGCCUUGGAAAGUCUCUCAGCAUCCCAGCCCAAAAAACGCGCCUGCUUUUGGAAAUACUGCAUCUGA